AGAGUUAUCUUGAGUCAGUAUUAAAAAACUGUUUUAUUGAUAAAAAUAAAUACAAGGAAAAAACACGCUAACUUAAGUUGAAAUAUCAAGCAACAAUUUCAUCUGAUUGUAAUUUUAUGUUAUUCUGUGAAUUAAAUUUCCAAAAAUGUUCAGACCGAGAAGAGGAGGCCGCCAGCCUUCGAUUGCUACAAUAUUAUUGUUGACUGAAUUAUUUCAAGCAGCAACAACAUCGGGUAUACCGCCUGUUACAUUAAUUACUAUUGGUCUUCAAAUCUUAAUUUUCCUCAGGAUAAUUGCAGUUCCUUGGCUCGAUCAUUAUGACGUUUGUUUAGAUGUAACUCAUGUAAUUAAGCAUCAUCAAUGGAUCAGAUUGAUUGCUAGUGCUUUUGAACAUGCUGAUGACUGGCAUUUAUACUACAACAUGAUAUCAUUUCUUUGGAAAGGAAAAACUCUUGAACAAAGAUUUGGCCCCUUCAAAUUUCUCUACAUGUUGAUCAUUUUCACACUCUCUUGUAAUGCAACAUAUAUCGGACUUUAUUACUGUCUCUCUCGAUUAACUGGUGAUUAUCAAUAUAACAGUGUGUGUGCGAUUGGAUUUUCAGGAGUGAUAUUUGCUUUAAAGGUUCUCACAACAUAUUAUUGGCCAGUCCAUGCAUAUAGCAGUGUUUAUGGGAUACCUGUAGCUGCCCGAAAUGCUGUUUGGGUUGAACUUGUAUUCAUACAGUUGGUCAGCCCUAAUGCGUCAUUUAUUGGGCACUUGUCCGGUAUUUUAGUUGGAUUAGCUUAUGUUAAAGGUCCUCUUCGAGCUUUCAUCGAUCUUACUUAUCAUGUAUUAACUGCCCCAAUCGGUAUAACUGACAAUCAUCAUGGCCAUAGAGAAGGACCGGAUCCAAAUCAACAAAAUCCUAAUUACAAUGACUAUAAUAGGUAUUAUGGAGAUCAAGCGUCAUAUGAAAAUAUGAGAAGAAGGCGAGCAUACAAUCAACCUGGUUUCUUCGGUUUUAAUCAAGGACCAGGUUUCUUUAGAGCAUAUUAAUUCUCAUACAAAUAUCGAUAAUCUAUCUUUGCUCAUAUUUUUACUGUUAUCGCCAAAGAGCAAAUGAGUCUAAAAAAUCAGAUGAUUAUGUUUAGUUGUUGUUUCUGUCAAUACGAUUCAUCAUUCUUUAUCUCAAACAUUUUUUACUUCUAUUAAUAUAUUUAAAAUAAAUGUAUCAUUUCAACUUGUA